AUGAGUUACUUCGCACUAUUAGUUAUUGGCUGCGCUGCAGUCAAUGCUAUGCCGCAUCCGACUCUAGAUCUUAUUGAUCACAAGGCGGAUGCUCUGAAGGCGGGUGCGGCAAGUGCAGCGGGGGUCGGGGGCGGCGUAGUCGCUCAGAUAGGAAUUGGUGGUGCGGUGGGGUUGGAACAUCAAGCCGGUGUUGGUGCAGGUGUAAUUGGGAAAGGCGAAGGAUGUGUUGAAGAUGAAAUACAUCAGAAGGAAAACAGCAAACCAGGAGAUGUUAAACCAGGAGACAUUAAACCAGGAGAUGUUAAACCAGGAGAUGUUAAACCAGGAGACGUUAAACCAGGGGACGUUAAACCAGGAGAUGUUAAACCAGGAGACAUUAAACCAGGAGAUGUUAAACCAGGAGAUGUUAAACCAGGAGAUGUUAAACCGGGAGAUAAUAAACCAGAAGGUGGUAAACCUUCUGACGACAAACCAGGAGAUGGUAAACCCGGAGAUAAUAAACCAGGAGAUGGUAAACCCGAGGAUAACAAACCAGGAGAUGGUAAACCCGGAGACAAUAAACCAGGUGACGACAAACCUUGUGACGACAAACCAGGAGAUGGUAAGCCCGGGGAUAACAAACCUGAAGAUGGUAAACCCGGGGAUAACAAACCAGGAGAUGGUAAACCCGGAGACAAUAAACCAGGUGACGACAAACCUUGUGACGACAAACCAGGAGAUAAAAAACCUGGAGAUGGUAAGCCCGGGGAUAACAAACCUGAAGAUGGUAAACCCGGGGAUAACAAACCAGCUGAUGGUAAACCCGGAGACAACAAACCAAGUGAUGGUAAACCCGGAGACAACAAACCAAAUGAUGGUAAACCUUGUGACGACAAACCAGGAGAUAAAAAACCUGGAGAUGGAAAACCCGGGGAUAACAAAUCUGAAGAUGGUAAACCCGGGGAUAACAAACCAGCUGAUGGUAAACCCGGAGACAACAAACCAAGUGAUGGUAAACCCGGAGACAACAAACCAAAUGAUGGUAAACCCGGAGAGAACAAACCAAGUGAUGGUAAACCCGGAGACAACAAACCAAAUGAUGGUAAACCCGGAGAGAACAAACCAAGUGAUGGUAAACCUUGUGACGACAAACCAGGAGAUAAAAAACCUGGAGAUGAAAAACCCGGGGAUAACAAACCUGGAGAUGGUAAACCCGGAGACAACAAACCAAGUGAUGGUAAACCCGGAGACAAUAAACCAAGUGAUGGGAAACCCGGAGACAACAAACCAAAUGAUGGUAAACCCGGAGACAACAAACCAAGUGAUGGGAAACCCGGAGACAACAAACCAAAUGAUGGUAAACCCGGAGACAACAAACCAAGUGAUGGGAAACCCGGAGACAACAAACCAAGUGAUGGGAAACCCGGAGACAACAAACCAAGUGAUGGGAAACCCGGAGACAACAAACCAAGUGAUGGGAAACCCGAAGACAACAAACCAAGUGAUGGUAAACCUUGUGACGACAAACCAGGAGAUAAGAAACCUGGAGAUGGUAAACCCGGGGAUAACAAACCAGGAGAUGGUAAACCCGGGGAUAACAAACCAGGAGAUGGUAAACCCGGGGAUAAUAAACCAGGAAACGGUAAACCGUGUGACGACAAACUAGGAGAUAUUAAACCAGGAGCUGGUAAACCAGGAGCUGGUAAACAAGGAGAUGUUAAACCAGGAGCUGGUAAACCAGGAGAUGUUAAACCAGGAGAUGUUAAACCAGGAGACAUUAAACCAGGAGAUGUUAAACCAGGAGAUGUUAAACCAGAAGACAUUAAACCAGGAGACAUUAAACCAGGAGACAUUAAACCAGGAGAUGUUAAACCAGGAGACAUUAAACCAGGAGAUGUUAAACCAGGAGAUGUUAAACCAGGAGAUGUUAAACCAGAAGACAUUAAACCAGGAGACAUUAAACCAGGAGACAUUAAACCAGGAGACAUUAAACCAGGAGAUGUUAAACCAGGAGACAUUAAACCGGGAGAUGUUAAACCAGAUAGCUUACCUGGCGAUGACAAAAUAGGAGCUCUUCCAAAAACAGGAAUCGAGGCGGCUGUGACUGCCGCUGCUGGUGCGGCAGGUGGAGUAGGACCUGCCGCAGUUGUAGGUGCUGCAGUUCAAGCCCACGUUGCAGGUGAUCUUGCAGCUGUUGGAGGUGCAAAGGCGGCAGCUGGAGAUUUAGCAGCAAUCGGUGCAACUAAAGUAGCUAAUGAUGUCGCGAUCGUCUCUGGUCUAACUGCUGGGGUGGGAGCUGCUGCUGCGACGGGUAACCCUGCGGCAGCAACAGCAGUCGUCGGUGCCGCUGUCGGUGCAGGUGUUGGUAACGACCUCGCUACAGCUGGUGCCGCGCAAGGUACUGCUGCAGGACUAGCAGGUGUCGCUGGAGCCAAAGUGGGCACCGAUGCAGCAAUCGCUGGCGGUUUAGCUGCAGGUCUUGGCGUGCUUUGA